UCUCGCAGACUUCAGUCGGCGGACUCUGCACCGCGGAUGAACUUAACAAAACUUUGCUGAUCGGGGGGUUUAGAGCACCCUUGGUAAAACACAAACGAAGUACUUUCACUUCGGCGUUUGAAUCCUGAACGAGUGAAAAACGUGGUCUGGGUGUGACUCAAGUUGAGUGUAUGUAAAAGAGCCACGGCUUGAAGAAGUGCAGACGGGACUAGAUUCCCUGGCGGAGUAGCACUAAAUCCACAACCCAACAGACUACCGGUGCACAGUCCGCCGCUGAGCUCGAUGCAGACGGACUGAGUGCGCUAAAACUGAAGGGUUUAACUCCGGGAUGCUUCCGUGUGGCGUUUAAUAAACAACAACAACCUGACUUCAGCUAAAUAACGCGUUCGUCUCCACUGUUUGGACCGUUUGAAGAGCAACUGUCCCCGUGUUUUGUCCAAACCGACGGACUUCACGACACUGGAAGGACUUAACUGAACUCAAGAUGUCAAUUUUGCCUUUCACUCCCCCCAUUGUCAAAAGACUUUUGGGCUGGAAGAAAGGAGAGCAGAACGGCCAGGAGGAGAAAUGGUGUGAAAAGGCCGUGAAAAGUCUCGUGAAGAAGCUGAAGAAGACGGGACAACUGGACGAACUGGAGAAAGCCAUCACCACCCAGAAUAUUAACACGAAAUGCAUCACUAUACCAAGGUCUCUGGAUGGCCGUCUGCAGGUUUCCCACAGAAAAGGUCUGCCCCACGUCAUCUACUGCCGUCUGUGGCGCUGGCCCGACCUGCAGUCCCACCACGAACUGCGGGCGGUGGAGCUGUGCGAGUAUGCCUUCCACACGAAGAAGGAUGAAGUGUGUGUCAACCCGUACCACUACCAGAGAGUAGAGACACCAGUACUCCCCCCAGUGCUGGUGCCCAGACACACAGAAAUCCCCAGUGAGUUCCCGCCGCUGGAUGACUACAGCCAUUCAAUCCCUGAAAACACCAACUUCCCUGCUGGAAUUGAGCCCCAGAGCAACUACAUACCAGAAACGCCACCACCAGGCUACCUCAGUGAGGAUGGAGAGACCAGCGAUCACCAGAUGACCCAUAGCAUGGACACAAGCUCCCCAAACCUAUCACCCAACCCCGUUUCACCCACACACAGCAACCUAGACCUUCAGCCAGUGACCUACUGUGAGCCGGCCUUCUGGUGCUCCAUUUCAUACUAUGAGCUGAACCAGCGAGUAGGAGAGACCUUCCACGCCUCGCAGCCCUCACUGACAGUGGACGGCUUCACGGACCCCUCCAACUCAGAGCGUUUUUGCCUGGGCCUGUUGUCCAACGUCAACCGCAAUGCAUCUGUUGAGUUAACACGCAGACAUAUCGGCCGUGGUGUGCGGCUGUAUUACAUCGGAGGAGAGGUGUUUGCCGAGUGUCUCAGCGACAGCGCCAUCUUUGUCCAGAGCCCUAACUGUAACCAACGCUAUGGCUGGCACCCUGCCACAGUCUGCAAGAUCCCUCCAGGAUGUAACCUGAAGAUCUUCAACAACCAAGAGUUUGCGGCCCUGCUGGCCCAGUCAGUCAACCAGGGGUUUGAGGCUGUGUACCAGCUCACCAGAAUGUGCACCAUCCGCAUGAGCUUUGUCAAGGGCUGGGGAGCAGAGUACAGGAGACAGACGGUGACCAGCACCCCCUGCUGGAUCGAGCUUCACCUGAACGGCCCCCUGCAGUGGCUGGACAAGGUGCUCACACAAAUGGGCUCCCCCAGCAUCCGCUGCUCCAGCGUCUCUUAGGGAAGCCCUUCAACCACCCAUGUCCUGUACAUCACGUCUCCUGUCAGUGACUAAAAACACACAGACUUCAUGCAGACAAGAAUGGCUACACAAGUACAGAAAGAUGAUGAAACCCCCCCCCCCCAUUCAGCCAAUCCUCAAUCUGUAAUUUAGUCCUCCCUCCCCACCAGCUGACAGUAGCACUUUUUAUAUACAUAUUGUUUGUGGCAAAAGGGGACAAGUGCAUUAAAGCAGUACCAUGUUAGUAUAAUCUCCACAUUUUGUCCAGAAUUAUUUUGAUGGCAGUUUUUCUCUUAGGCGUCUAUGUGCCAGAAAGACUGUAGAAAUGGGAGGAGAGUUGUUUUUUUUUUGUUUUUUUUUUAUUAAGAGAUACUUAUUCUCUUUGCGCUUUUGUUGAAAUUUCAUCUUCACAAUUUUUACAUUUUUUGUACAGAUGUUAAAGUGAACCAUGGAUUUAAAAAUGAAUUAAUUUUUUAAGCAUUAAUACCAAUUUUGUAAAGCAUAUGUAAGAUCAUGUUAAAUGCAUUUCACUUGACUUUGUUUUUGUAUUUGGGCAUUUGAUAGGUUAUGAAGACAUUGGAAUAAUGGAAAUGGUCAACCACAGUGUAAACACUGUGUGAAGGAAUAUACUGUAGCCUAGUACAAAUAUUUGCUUAGGUUUUCAUACUGUCAUUUUAUGCGCUCUGUGUUACUCUAAUAAGGCAAAUAACAGGAUGUUUAACUACACCUUUAAGGAACAAAAGACAAAGUAAGGAAUCUGUCAAACUUCAGAUUCAGCUUUUCCCCCUCUAAUAGUAAACCAUUCACUGAUUUCAACCGGGAGCUAAAUUAGUCUGACGAAGCAGUCUGAUGUUUCAGGAUACGUUAGAGCAGACGGGAGUUACAACCCUUAUGUGAGAGCUGGAAGACAGCGAUAUUCAUCAAAUGUCAUCAGGAAGAUGAUGCACUUUUGUAAAAUGUUGAUAUUCUAUAAAGAGAUGUGGACAAAAUUAUAUUCGAUGACAGUUGUAGUCCAUAGCUUCAAUAGUGCUUGUCAGGGGCCUAUGUGAAAUAUAGCCUGCAUUCAUUUCAGGAAGCUUUGCCAAUUUGCAAAAUAUGUUUGCAGCAUUGUAUAGUAGGAAGUACAUAACAGGCAUUUACACAGAACUUGAAGACAUCUCACAUACUGUACUGUUCUGCAGACUUUCAGUUAAAUUACACAUUGAACAUGCAAAAUGUAGUGUAGGAAUGUAGGAAUACUUGUGUAUGUGAUAGGAAUACUCUGCAGAAAGAGAGCAGGAAGACGCCUUUGCUUUUUUUAAUUUUCUCUCUCAGCAGUCCAUGACAUUGGUCUUAUUUUAAACCAUCAGUAAUAUUGACUUUUUGCACACUCAGGACCGUCAAAGAAAAACAGCUGAAUUGUGUACAGAAACCAGUGAAAAUGAGAGAUUCAUGACUCUCGAGGCUUUAAAGUCUAUUUUGCUACCAAUUAUUUUUGUAGGACAUUAAGGUCCUCUUUCAAGUGUUUUUGCAUGACAUGACAGAAUAUACUGCUGGCAGGUCUGGGGAUAUGAACCUUGUAUUUUUCUACCUGUGAAGAUGAGGCGGUUUCAGAACAAAGCACAGCUUUUUACAAAGGGAAAUGUUUAGAUAGAGGCAUGUAAAUAACUGUAGAACCUCAUAAUCUGAUGUCCCUAUUUUUUAAGUCUAUGUACAUGUAGUACAUACAUGUGUUAUUAUAUGACCAUUAACCUUUAUAAUGUUGAGGGUUUUGGAAGCAGAACAAAAUUUAAGUUUAAAAUGCAAAAAAAAAAAAAAAAGUGUAAGUUGGAAAAAGGUAUUGGUGAAAUAGAAAGGCAUAGUCUUAGCGUUGGUCCCAGUUCCUUUCAGCCACCCACUGUGGUGGAAGUGGAUUGAUUUCCUUCUGGUUCCAUAACACUAGACAAAGACACAGUGGGUGAACAUGGACAAUAUUUUGAUUCUUUUUACAAUACUUAUUUACAUUAACGCAGCCUUUGAUGUUAAUGUCAGCCCGGUGGUGCUAAUCUUUAACAUUUUAGGGACUCAAGAGAACAGCAAAGCCAUGAGAUUUUACUUUUACUUAAAGUUGGUAGAUUUUGAUCUCUGUUAAAUGAUAAUGACUUGUGAACGUUCUAACUAUAAUGGGAUUGUUUCAGAAACAGUAGCAUCUACCGAUCUGAGACAAGACAGCUCUUUGUAGAGCUUCUAGUGUCCUUGAACACAGCAGUCCUGAUCCUAAUGGGCUCUCAAACCCCAUAGUCAAUGUAAUUACCCAGUAGGGAAUAUUUUGCAAGCAAAUUUGUCAUUUUUAUACACUCUUCAACUUAUAGUGCUUGUGUUUUUUUUUUUCCCCCUUGUUCAAAAUUUUCACUGUAAUCGUCAUUAUUAGUUGUGAUUUAUGCUAUUGUGCUCUGAAUUGGUCUUUUUAGGUGUCCUGUAAAAAAUUAUACCCUUUUAUUUUUCUCUGCCUAUAAAAGGUUGAUGUGAUGCUUUAUAUUUUUGUUUAUUAUUGUUGGUCUAUGAAUAAAAUAUAUAUCUUGUGGUGA